AUGUCCAAACCCGCUGCACCAUCCGAGUCGAGUAGAUCCACGCGGUCGAGAUCCUCGUCCUCUUCAUCUAGCACCGAGCCAGGCACCCAGCCACAGCGUCCAUAUAGGCUUGGGUCUUUCCGGCGGUCUAGCUCCAGGCACAGCACGGCACAGAUUGAUAGGGUUCAUUCGGGAAAACAUCUGGAUGAUCAGUCCGUGUACCACAGUGACCAUGCGCUAGAGACGGACUCUGACGAAGAUGGAGAGAAGAGCGAUGAGCCAGUUGUGGAGGUCCGCGGUGGGAUUGUGAAUGAGCGAGAUCGCGAUCUGGAAGCUGCUGGCCCCCCGGCGGCGGCGGCGGCGUUGGAGAAGUCCAGGACGGCACGGUCUGAAAAUGAUCCUAAGCUGGUGACAUGGAAUGGACCUGAUGACCCCGACAAUCCGAAGAACUGGCCAAUGAAGAAGAAGUGGGCGGCCGUGGUCACGGUAUCAUGCUUCACUUUCAUCUCGCCGGUGUCGUCGUCGAUGGUUGCACCCGCGUUGACGGCUAUCGGGUCGGACUUUCACAUCACGGACGAGGUCACCCUCAGCAUGACGCUGUCGGUGUUUGUGCUGGCGUAUGCAGUCGGCCCGCUGUUCCUGGGUCCGCUGUCCGAGAUCUAUGGGCGAGUGAUUGUGCUGCAACUCGCCAACCUGUUCUACCUCGUCUUCAACAUCUGUUGCGGCUUCUCGAAGAACAAGGCUCAGAUGAUCGUCUUCCGGUUUUUGGCCGGCCUGGGCGGAAGUGCCCCGUUGGCAAUCGGCGGUGGUGUACUCUCCGACUGCUUCAGACCCGAAGAGCGAGGCAAGAGUGUCGCUAUCUACAGUCUAGCUCCGCUCCUCGGUCCCGCCGUCGGCCCCAUUGCCGGUGGAUUCAUCGCCGAGAACACCACGUGGCGCUGGGUGUUCUACGCCACCUCCAUCGCCGACGCCAUGAUCCAGUUCGCCGGUCUGUUCUUCCUCCGCGAGACCUACGCCCCGGUGAUUCUCCGCAAACGCGCCCAACGCCUGCGUAAAGAGACGUCCGAUGAAGCCUACCAGACGGAACACGAACGCGCCAACCGCACGCUGGGCGAGGUGAUGCGGAGCGCUUUGAUGCGUCCGUUCCGACUCCUCGGCACGCAGCCCAUCGUGCAGCUGCUGGCGCUGUACCUCGCCUACAUCUACGGCACCAUGUACCUCGUGCUCGCGACGUUCCCGACCCUGUGGACCAGCCCGGAGUACUACCACGAAUCUACCGGCAUCGGCGGGCUGAACUACAUCUCGCUCGGCCUGGGCUUCUGGCUGGGCUCCCAGCUCUGCGCCCCGCUCAACGACCGCAUCUACCGCCGCCUCAAGGCCCGCAGCGGCGGCGUCGGGCGGCCGGAAUUCCGCGUCCCGCUGCUGUACCUCGGCGCCGUGCUCGUGCCCGCCGGCUUGUUCAUCUACGGCUGGACGGCCGAGACGCACCGCCACUGGAUCGCGCCCAACAUCGGCGCGAUGCUGUACGGGCUGGGCAACAUCAUCACCUUCCAGUGCGUGCAGACGUACAUCGUCGACUCGUACACGCGCUUCGCGGCCAGCGCCCUGGCCGCCGUCGCCUGCAUGCGCUCGCUGGCCGGCUUCGGGUUCCCCCUGUUCGCGACCUACAUGUACCAGGCGCUCGGGUACGGGUGGGGCAAUAGUCUGUUGGCAUUUGUGUCGAUUGGGCUGGGGAUCCCUGCGCCGCUUCUGCUGUGGCGGUUCGGCGAGCGGCUGCGCAAGAUGAGUCCGUACGCUGCGGGAUGA